UUGAAUCAAUGCAUGCAAUCUCCACUUUCUCUUUCUCUUUCUCUGUAAUCUGAAUCUUUCUCUCUAAAUACAAACUUUCGUGCAUCAGCAUCACUGCAUUUCCCAUGCAUCAGAAGGAGGAGUCUUGUGAAAUGGAUGGCCUAAAAACUCCUUUCAAAGGAGUGACUGAUGAUUUGAAAGGAAGGCUUAAAUGCUACAAAAAGGAUUGGCUCGAUUCAUUUAGUGCCGGUCCAAGGAUUUUGGCUCCAGCAGCAUACAUUUUCUUUGCCUCUGCUAUCCCCGUGGUCGCCUUUGGGGAGCAGUUGAGUCGAGAAACAGACGGGAGCUUGAGCACUGAUGAGACGCUUAUGUCUACUGCCAUCUGUGGUGUCAUCCACUCGAUUUUUGGGGGGCAGCCAUUGCUAAUUGUAGGCGUUGCAGAGCCUACCAUUAUAAUGUACUCGUAUCUGUAUAGUUUUGCCAAGAGCAACAUAGGAAAAGAUCUGUAUUUAGCCUGGGCCGCGUGGGUGUGUGUGUGGACUGCAUUGAUUCUUUUCCUUCUCGCUAUAUUCAAUGCUUGCACGAUCAUUACUCGUUUCACGAGAGUGGCAGGGGAGCUCUUUGGCAUGCUGAUAUCCGUGCUUUUCUUGCAAGAAGCCAUCAAGGGUGUUGUGAGCGAGUUUCACGCCCCACAAGGCGAAAAUGGCGAAGAAGAACAAAACCAGUUCGAAUGGCUUUACAUCAAUGGAUUACUCGCAGUUGUGUUCAUGUUUGGUGUGCUAAUCACUUGCCUGAAGUCAAGAAAGGCUAGGUCGUGGCGCUAUGGCACAGCCAUGAUGAGGAGUUUCAUCGCAGACUAUGGUGUUCCAUUGAUGGUUGUGAUGUGGACUGCCUUAUCGUACAGUACACCGAGCAGACUCCCCUCUGAAGUUCCGAGGAGGCUGAUCGGUUCGGCUCCUUGGAAGAAACAGUCGUUGCACCAUUGGUCCGUGAUCAAGGACAUGGGGAAGAUAUCAGUGGGCAAUGUGUUUGCUGCCUUGAUACCAGCAGUGAUGAUUGCGGGAUUGUACUUCUUCGACCACAGUGUCGCCUCACAAAUGGCUCAGCCGAAGGAAUUCAAUGUGCAGAAUCCUCCGGCUUAUCAUUAUGACAUCUUGUUGCUUGGCUUCAUGACUUUGCUUUGUGGGUUGAUCGGGAUUCCUCCUUCGAAUGGGGUGCUUCCACAAUCUCCUAUGCACACGAGGAGUCUUGCAGUCCUCAAAAAGCAGGAGAUGCAGAAGAAAAUGAUGAAGCGCGCAAAGGAAGGGAUGAGCCAAAACGCGAGCCAGUUGGAUAUAUACGGAAGAAUGCAUGCUGUGUUCGUUGAAAUAGACAAGACACCUCCUCACGCUGCACAUAAAGAUUUGGCAAAUUUGAAAGAAGCUGUGUUGAAACACGAUGGUCAAGAUCGUGAUCAAAAAUUUGAUCCCGAGAAGUGUCUUGAUCUCCACUUGCCAAUCCGAGUGAACGAGCAGAGGAUGAGCAACUUGCUGCAGUCCGUGCUUGUCGGGAUCGCCCUGUGCGCCAUGCCCGUGAUAAAGAUGAUACCAACCUCUGUCUUGUGGGGGUACUUCGCCUACAUGGCCAUCGAGAGCCUUCCCGGUAACCAGUUCUGGGAGAGGCUGCUGCUGCUGUUCGUCCCUCCACGUCGUCGUUUCAAGGUCAUUGAGGAGUUCCACGCCUCGUUCGUCGAGUCUGUUCCUUUUAGAUACAUCGUGAUGUUCACUCUCUUCCAAUUAGCGUACCUUCUCUUCUGCUUUGGGAUCACGUGGAUACCUAUUGCCGGGAUACUAUUCCCCUUGCCGUUUUUCCUUCUGAUAAGCAUAAGGGAGCAUGUCCUGCCGAAGAUGUUCCCGCCUUACUAUCUGCAGCAGCUGGAUGCAGCUGAGUACGAGGAAGUCGUGGGGCAUCCGUUCCCUUCCAAGAGGGGGCAGCAGCACGAGGAUGAAGGAGGAUUCACUGAUACUGAAGAUGAAGGAUUGUCCCCUGAUGUAACCGAUGCGGAGAUUUUAGACAACAUGAUAACUCAUAGGGGGGAGAUCAGGCACCGGUCGAUGAGCUUCAGCGACAGGCACCAGUCGUUGAGCUUCAGCAACAGGCACCAGUCGAUGAGCUUCAGUGACAGGCACCGCGAGGUUGGAGGAUAGUCUCCUAGACGGGGCAACGAGAUGAUGAUGGACGAAGAGUCGAGAAUUCCUCUGGACUCGGAUUAGCUCUGCAGGAAGCUGCAUUGCUGCUUCAAGCAGAGGAAAUAAAGAAAGAAAAAAAAAUGAAGAAGAACGUCAGCUUCUUUUGUUCAUGUAUGGUCAUGAUUUUUGUAUGAGUAGUUUAUUUGAUCCAUUUUUUGA